AGCGAAGUUUACAAAUUGUCGAAAAGGAAAGAAAAUUUGCGAAGCGAAUUCUCAUGAGCGACGAAGAUCCAAUAUGCUGUGGUUCAGGCUGUACGAACUGUGUGCUGGAUGUGAAACCUUCAAAACAUAAGCUUCCUGCAGGUGUGACGAACAUUUUCGAUCGAAGCUACAAACAAUUCGUAUGUGAAACGAUUGCCCAGGCUACGGCGAAUGUAUUCCGGUUCCGAUUUCGUUAUGUUCCGAACAGUGCUAACGAUCGAGAGUGUCUAAUUGUACCACCGGGGUGUCAUUUAAUGCUACGCGCCCAUAGAGCUGCAACCCACAUUCCGGAAAGGGCUGGAAAUGAUCUUUUACAAGCCUGGCUUGAAGAGAAUUCUGGGCAGACUGAGAGAGACUCCAUUACGAUAAUAGCAAAACAAACGAUACAAAAGUAUGAUAAAAGUGAAGAUGACCUAUAUUUUAGCCGUCCCUACACACCGAUCGCAUUCGACCGAGAGAAGGGUACAUUCGAUGUGCUGAUAAAGCUAGAACCCGGUGGCCUCAUGAGCAACUAUAUCGCAACCGUUUCGGUUGGAUCGCACACCGAGUGGAAAGGAAUUUACGGAGAUUUUCUGUGGCAACGCAAUCAAUACCGUAACGUGGUAGCGUUCGUACAAGGUGUUGCCAUAGCACCGAUUUACAGCACGCUGAGAGCGAUUCUAGACGAUGACGAGGAUGAGACUCGCUUGAUGCUUUGCGCAUGCUUCCGGGACCUCCCGAAUGUGCUUCUACGCGAAGAACUACAUUCGCUAGCCGGAUACUGGAACUUCAGAUACGCCAUCUACCUUUCCAGACGUACCUGUGCAUGUUUGGCUGGAGAGCAACGCUGCAAUUGCCUGACGAGUCGUUUGAGAUACAAUGAACCGAUCCACGAUCAGCGAUUAGAUGCGGAAGAAAUCGAACGGCUACUUCAGCGCUCACUUUCGGAUGGAAAACAUUCAGUGCUAGUAUUGCUUUGCGGCACGGACCCGUUUACCACGUUUAUCAAGUCUAGUCUAGAAAGGAUGGAAAUAGAAAAUUGUUACACGUUUUAGCAGUAGUA